AAGUGGAGAGAAAGAAGUAAACCAAAAAUCAAUCAAUCCCACUACCACUAGUAAUAGUAUCUACCAUUACCAAUUUCCCUUCAAUCUCUUCUUCACUUUCUCUCUCUAACCUCUCUCUCUCUCUACUUACUCUCUGGCUGCCAUAUUUCAGUACUCAUGGACUACUUUAGGAAGAGUGGGCAAAUUCCAGCAUUUGGUGACUGGGAAAACGCAAAUGAUUUGCCAAUCACUCAGUAUUUUGAGUGCGCCAGGCAGGCCGGCCUCCUCCGCUCCAGCUGCUCCGGUGAAUGCGCCGCCUCUUACAUCAACAACUCUGCCUCUUGGGGCGGCGACGGCGGCGGUGAUCUUUACGGAUUUGGUUUCGAGAAACCUCUGCCUCGCCGGGAUUAUAAUGCUGUUCCUCAAAGAAAGGUAAAAGUAACAAACUAUGGUUAUCCAAAUCCCAAGAUGCAGAGAAAGCAAGUUAAGGUUCGCGACUUAAUGGAUCAACCGAGAAAACAGCCCUUGUCCGAUCAGAAGACAAAGCACUAUCCGAAACAAAGUACAAUGUCGCGUAACCUAGUCUCGCAGAAAUCCUCGACUAAUGUCAAACCGGUAGACGAAGAUCUUUACAAGAUCCCCUCCGAGCUUCUCGAAAAUUCCAAACGAAAAAAAAUGCUAGGGUUCUUCUCGAGAUGCAUGGUUCCUCCCUGUGCGGCAUGAGUUCGAACUCGAAUGUUCGAUCGACCAUUAAUUAUUGCAUGCAUCUGCAGAUUAUAUAUCAAGACAACUUAUUGUCAUCUUGUAGUUGUUGCCACUAAUUAUAUAUAAGCUGAACUGAAAACCACUUAAUUAUGUAGUAUCAUGAUAUGGAAUUUCAUUAAUUACAAUAAUGCCCAGACUCUGCAUGUUAUGUAUUAUUAAUUAAUUGCCAAAGAUGUAAUAUUGGUAGGGAAAUCAUACAAAGCUUCAAAAUCUCCAAACCUUAAACAUGAUUUUGCAAACGAUGGCCUUCAACUUGGCUUUUGAUUA